GGGAAGCACAAAGAACAACACGGCUAGCAAUUCUCAUGCAGAUGAUCGAUUGCUUACAUUUAGCAUUUGUGAAUUCCGUCCUGGCAAACCGAAUUUAUGUACCUACAACGCAAAUCAAUUUAGAGUUUAAGUCUCUAAGCGCAGAUCAGCGUCCGAAUAUCUGGAAACCUCGGGAGAGUGCGCGAUUAUACCGUGCUUGCAGAAAGCUACGAGUGCCGAUUUCAGCUGUUGCGCUGUUGUAUGGAUCUGCUCAAGUCUUCUUUACUUGUUGCUGUGAUCUUGGCAAGUUCCGUCACCACUGUGCACGGUCAGGGUUUUAGGAAGAAAGGAUGGCAGUGUGAGAAAGUAAAUGCCCCACUUUGUAGUAACAUGGGUUACAAUGCGACACGAAUACCAAACAUGCUCGGCCAUGAGACUCAGAGAGAAGCCGAAUUAGAAUUCAAACAGUUUCUUCCUUUGAUUGAAUUCAAUUGUGCGAGUCAGUUGCAGUUCUUUUUGUGCUCAGCGUAUUUUCCGAUGUGUACCGAAAUGGUGGACGUUCUUAUCACAUCCUGCAGGCCAUUGUGCGAAUACGUUCGCAAGCAAUGUUUACAUGUGUUGGAAGAGUUCGGUAUUCCGUGGCCUGCAAAACUCAACUGCACCAAGUUCUUGGAGAAGAACGACGGUCAUGAGAUGUGUAUGACUGGACCGAAUUUUACCGAAGACGCCAGCCCGAGACCUCUCAUCCAAAGCACGGGCGUAAAAGUGAACGAAACGCAUACAGUGACAACCGCAGGAGCGACCUAUGCUGGUUCGGAAGAGUGCAGGAAAUUUAAAAAUAGCGUCAAUUACUAUUAUAUACCGGGCACAAGAUCAUGUGCAGUGUUGUGUAAUCAAGAAGGUAUUUUUAAAACAUCAGACAAAGAAAAGAUGGACAAGUGGAUGGCGGCUUGGUCUAUUUUGUGUCUAGUGUCGACCCUUUCCGUACUGUGCACGUUCUUUGUGGAUGCGGCGAGAUUCAAGUAUCCGGAACGAUCGAUAGUAUGGCUUGCUCUUUGUUACCUUCUUUACUCGAUUUCGUUCAUCGUUCGUCUUGCAGCUGGUCGAGAGGCGAUCUCUUGUGAGUACAACACGCCUAAAUUUCUCAUUCAAGACGGUCGUCGAAAUACCGGAUGUGCCAUUGUGUUUCUUUUACAGUAUUUCUUUAGCAUGGCCGCGACAAUUUGGUGGGUUAUUUUGGCGCUAACGUGGUUUCUCGCUGCCGGAAUGAAAUGGGGCUACGAAGCCAUCGGUUCAUACUCAAACCUCUUUCAUGGUAUCGCCUGGGCUUUGCCUUGUAUCAAAACAGUAUUUAUCUUCAUAACUGGCAAAAUAGACAGCGAUGAGUUGACCGGACUAUGCUUUGUUGGGAAUCAAGAUUUGAUCGCGCUUGCCGCGUUUGUUUUGGGGCCACAGUUUACUUAUCUUAUUAUCGGAACACUGUUUCUAAUCGCCGGAUUCGUCGGCCUCUUUCGAAUCCGCGCCACCGUGCAACGUGAUGGAAACACAAAAAGCGAGACGAAUAAACUGGAAGGACUGAUCGUUCGUCUGGGAAUAUUUGCGGUAUUUUCAACAGUGCCGGCCACCGCAGUUAUUGCCUGUUACUUCUAUGAGUAUGCAAAUAAAGAAUAUUGGUUUUAUGGUAAACGGGAUAAUAGAAUCGCCGAACCAAAUCUGAGCAUCUUCAUGCUGAAACUUUUCAUGUCUCUGUUCGUUGGAACAAUUUCGGGAAUUUGGAUCUGGUCACCGAAAACUCUGCAAUCGUGGAAAAAGGUUUACUAUGUGAUAACCGGGAGAAGGCCCCCACGACCACAGACGCAGAGGAAUGGCGGUCACUCUAACGAAACAACAGUUUGAAUUUCGCUCCUGGAGCACCCACGAGACAUUUUAACUCAACGAAUGCGACAGACGUAUACUUUUUCCUUCCCAUUUCACGUCAAGUUCGCGUUUAUUUGUCUUCUUUUCGGUUUUAUGGCGAAGACGAAUUCAGUAUGAGGGGGUCAGGCUUUUCUUAGCCUGAAAACACACUCAGCUGGUUGCUAACAAUUAGCACCUAAUUUGUGAUAUGAAUGCAGCAAGCGAAAAUCCAUUUUGUACACGCACCAAAUACAACACUGUUAUCGAAAGCGUUCUUACAUAUCUCAAGCUUGCUUUUGAGGCGUACUCUUUGCAGAAGGUUUAGUUUCAUAUGAUCUCUUUAUUUUGAUCGUCGCUAGAGAUCUUAAAGUCACUUUGCAAAGUUUAUCAAUUCUCUGAUUGUCGUGAAUUGUUGACGACAAGAAAAAUCGAUUGCUGUUGGUACCUUUCACGCGAGUAUCGCAUAAGUUGCCCCCGUAAACUUUUAAAGUUCAUUUCAUUUCGUGCGUUGAUUUCUAUAUAUAUGUAUAUGUAUAUAACAAUCGAAACUGAAGUUGUAAACAAUGAUAAUUCUAAAAGGCUUUGAGAAUCAUCAAUGGGUCUCCUUAUGGUUGAGUGCCUGUUUGAACGGAGUAUUGAUAUUUCCUUCGCGAUUUUUCUGUUGUCGAUCGUAAGGGCAAAGGUGAUUCCCACCAUAAAUGUGUCGUGUUACUUUAACUUUCCUGCCUUGAAAAUUUUAGUUGACACUGGUAGCGUCUACGUACAAAAGUUAUCUGGUUUUGCUAAUUAUUCACUGUUUGUUUUGAGUUCGAAUGGAGACCUUGCGGCGCAUUCUGGCGUUUCUUAGCGAUUUUUGGCAAACCUAACUCAUUGGAUAUGUUAAUUGAAGAUAUUUCCAUCAAUGACGGAGCCGAAAUGCCUGAGGCAGGGCACAUCGAUAAAAAAUUAUAAUUCGCAGUUAAUGAUAAAUUCAUGUUAACUUUGGUUGAUUUAUUUCGGCACGAUCACGAUUGACUGUCAACGUGCCUUUUUUCAGCUGUUGAAAGGAAUGUUUCCCUUCGUAUUUCUGUGUUUACUCUUUCAUUUCGGAACCGCUUUCAUCUAUGGCAUCCAAUUAUUAUUCUUUUUAUCUUUUACUUACGGCGGCCUGCGCGACUGACAAGAGUAAAUGAAAUGACACCCGAUAUCCGAAGUGCAGGUUCAAUCAGUGUACGCAAUUCACUAAUUGAACAGACCAACCACGUUUUAAUUCACAUUGUGGAAUUAUCGAUCAAUUGCCAAUAUUGGUUGGUUAUUUUUUUCUUUAAUGUCACAUGUUCAGGCUUAGGAAAUGCGAUUGAGGAGAAGCAAGAAUUGUGGAACCUAUUUACCCGCGCAAGUGUUAACGUUUGUUUGAUUCACCUUCGGCUAAUUCAAAUUGUCAUAAGUGACCCCAGACUAGUCGACUUCUAUGCCAUCCAUGCGCAAUGAAAUAAAAGUAACUUUUGCUAAUAAAGUCGAUUUAAACUG